AUGAACUACUACCUCUACAAGCAGGACAUCGCUCGUCUCGCAGCCGUCGGUGUGCAAUCAUACAGCUUCAGCAUCUCAUGGUCGCGUAUAGUCCCUUUCGGCAAAGCCGGGCCGCCGAUCAACAAAGAGGCCAUCGAUCAUUACAGCGACCUCAUCGAUACAUCUAACACGUCAUUCUUUUCAUAUGAUCAUCCGGACUUCAUCGACAGCUUCGUCUACUACGCUCAGACUGUGUUGGUCCACUAUUCUGACCGUGUCGGCACGUGGUACACCUUCAAUGAACCGACCAUCGAGCCCAGCAUUUCUGGUUCUUGGGUCACCAGCCGAUACAUCCUGGAAGCACACGCCAAAGUCGUCCGUUGGUACCGGGAUGUUGUCAAAGGCGGCGCUCUCUGGAGCGUGAAGUUCGAUCUCACCGACACCGGCUUCGCACUUCCACUGGAUCCAUCGAAUGCUUCGGAUGUCGCUGCUGCUGUUCGGCGCAACGAGUUCACAGUCGGGUACUUCGCCCGCCCACUGUUCUUGGGUGAGAAUCCACCGCCAUCGAUGAUAGAUACUGUUGGCGAGAAGGUUCCGACGUACACGGACGAAGAGCUUGAAUUCUUCAAUGGAACUGCCGACUUAUUUGCCUUUGACAUUUACACUGCGACAUAUCAUUCCGAGCCAGCAGGAGGCUUCGCCACGUGUGCUGCAGAUCCAGAACAUGCCCUGUAUCCGCAGUGCACAGUCCCCUCCAGAACCAGGGGGUUAUGGGAGGCAAAUUUCCAGGGAAACCCCGACCGCAUUGCCGUGCCGGCUGAGCAUGUUCGCGCCAUGCUCGGUUUCUGGCAGGCAACGUAUCCCACCAAAGGGGGGAUUACUAUUGCUGAAUUCGGUCUGCCUGCAUACAAGGCGGCUAACAUGUCAACAGAGCAUAUCCAGAACGACCUCGCCCAGUCCAACUUUUACAUGCCAAUCCUUGCAGAGGUUUUGAAGGCGAUUAACCUCGAUGAUAUUCACGUAAAGGGAUUAUAUGGAUGGUCGUUCCUCGACAACUGGGAAUGGGGCCAGUACAAUGACAAAUACGGCGUCCAGGGAUUCAACGCUACCACUCAAGAACGGUUCUACAAGAGAGCCAUCUUUGACUACGCCGGAUUUAUCCAGGAUCACAUGGAGGAGUAA